GGCACUCAGCGGCAGCAGACACACUCGUUGCUGCAUGUUGUUAACUACUGUUUGAGACUACCGGGGACCAAGACCUGCAGAGAACACAGCCUCACCACAGGCAGCAGCAAGCAAAACAGUCUCAACUUAUCUUUCUCUGGAUCCAUACUACCCUUUCAUUGUGCACGGGAGAAAGAGAUGUAUGAAGGCUUCUAAUUUAUUUUAACAUUUCAUUGCAUCAAAAUUGUUACUCUGAUCCGGUUGACAUCUGAGGGUCAGACCAAAAACUGUUCUGAGCUGCUUAUAAAAGCAAUGCUAUUCAUUUGACAUUUGAAGACUGGAAUUAAUCACACCUGGAUUUUCGUACCGUGCAUGUAUCUGGAAGCGCUGUCUUGCUACUGGGAAUUAAAAUACUAAGGAUUUUUAUUUAAUCUCUAUUUAUUUUUGUUCUGGAAUUUGGAAACACGGCAUAGCUGCUCCAAAUCAUAGUCCACACUUGCAGUGAGAGAGAUCCAGAAGGAGCGGAGAGAGACUGAAGGGAGACACCGAAAAAAGACGGAGCAAGCCUGUAAGCUGUCCCUUCCCUUUGUCAUUCACCAGAUCUGUCAAUCAGUAGACGGGCGUAUCAGAGUAAAAAGAGACUCUUGAAAAGAGAGAGAAAAAAAUAACAGCAAACGGAACAUCUAUUGAGCCAGGAGCGCCGACUCCACUGCAGGCUCCAGGAGAAACCUCAGAAGUCAAACCCAAGGGAUCUCGCCAACCAGCGAUCAAACCAUGGCGCUUAGGUCAAUGGUAAACGCUACCUUGCUCAGUCUUCUGGUUUACCAGGUUUACAGUUCGGGAGUAUUUGAGUUAAAGCUUCAGGAAUUCCUCAACAAGAAGGGAGUGAUAGGGAAUCAGAACUGUUGCAAAGGAGGUGCUGACUCGGGACUAUUACACUGUGAAUGCAAGACAUUUUUUCGGAUCUGCUUGAAGCACUACCAGGCGAACGUGUCUCCAGAUCCACCGUGUACAUAUGGCAGCGCUGUCACUCCUGUGCUGGGUUCAAACUCCUUCCAGAUCCCCGAAAUCAAUGCAGACGUUGCCUUCACAAACCCCAUUCGCUUCCCAUUUGGCUUCACCUGGCCUGGGACCUUCUCUCUCAUUAUUGAAGCUCUGCACUCCGAUUCUCCGGACGAUCUCUCCGUAGAUAACCCGGACCACCUUAUCAGCCGACUGGCCACCCAGCGGCACCUGACCGUGGGCGAUGAAUGGUCCCAAGACGUGCACACAAGUGGCCGCACAGAACUGAAGUACUCCUAUCGCUAUGUGUGCGAUGAGCAUUACUACGGCGAGGGCUGCUCGGCCUUCUGCCGACCUCGUGACGACGCAUUUGGACACUUCACGUGCGGUGAGCGAGGCGAGAAGGUCUGCAACCCGGGCUGGAAAGGCCAGUACUGCACAGAACCAAUCUGUCUUCCUGGUUGUGAUGAACAACAUGGAUAUUGUGACAGACCUGGGGAGUGCAAAUGCCGGGUUGGAUGGCAAGGACGUUAUUGUGAUGAGUGCAUUCGAUAUCCAGGGUGUUUGCAUGGCACAUGUCAACAGCCGUGGCAAUGCAACUGUCAAGAGGGCUGGGGUGGCCUUUUCUGUAAUCAGGAUCUUAACUACUGUACUCACCACAAACCUUGCAAGAAUGGAGCUACUUGUACCAACACUGGUCAGGGAAGUUACACCUGCUCCUGCCGUCCUGGAUUUACCGGCUCCAACUGUGAGGUUGAAAUUAAUGAAUGUGAUGCUAAUCCCUGCAAGAAUGGUGGAAGCUGCACUGACAUGGAAAAUAGCUUUACAUGUACUUGUCCUCCAGGCUUCUACGGGAGAAACUGUGAGCUGAGUGCCAUGACAUGUGCUGAUGGUCCUUGUUUCAAUGGGGGAAGAUGCACAGAUAACCCAGAUGGUGGCUAUGCUUGCCUUUGCCCAGUUGGUUAUUCUGGCUUUAAUUGUGAGAAGAAAAUUGACCACUGCAGUUCAAACCCAUGUGCUAAUGGAGCGCAGUGCCUUGAUGUUGGGAACUCUUACAUCUGCCAAUGUCUGAUAGGCUUUGCUGGGAGAAACUGUGAUGACAACAUGGAUGACUGUGCUGCACUCCCUUGCCAAAAUGGGGGAACCUGCCAAGAUGGUAUUAAUGACUAUACCUGCACCUGUCCUCCUGGAUAUAGUGGAAAGAACUGCAGUUCCCCAGUUAGUAGAUGUGACCACAAUCCAUGUCAUAAUGGUGCCACAUGUCAUGAGAUAAACAAUCGCUAUGUAUGCAAAUGUGCGCGGGGAUAUGGAGGACUCAACUGCCAGUUUUUGCUCCCCAGCAGUGUCGUAGGUCCUACAGAUAGUCCAGAUGGUGACUUUCCUUGGAUUGCUGUUUGCGCUGGGGUUAUCCUAGUCCUCUUCUUGUUACUUGGUUGUGCUGCUGUGUUUGUCUGGGUCAGAGUGAAAACUCAGAAAAGAAGCAGCCAGUCUGACAUAUGCAAGACUGAAACUGAAACGAUGAACAAUCGGACUGACUUUCAGCGUGGGAAAGACAUCUCCAUCAGUGUAAUCGGUGCCACUCAGAUCAAAAACACUAACAAGAAAAUAGACUUUCUCAGUGAAAAUACUUCUGAGAAAAAUGGCUAUAAAGCUCGAUAUCCAUCAGUGGAUUAUAAUUUGGUACAUGAGCUGAAGCAUGAUGAUGCAGUCAGAGAAGACCUUGACAGGUGCAGCAACAAAUGUGAUACAAUUGAUACACAACUUGAUAUACAGAGCACAGUACAGCUAAAAAGUGAGUCUUGUGAAAGGAAACGACCAGAAUCUGUGUAUUCUACAUCUAAAGAUACAAAAUACCAGUCAGUAUAUGUCAUAUCAGAAGAAAAAGAUGAAUGCAUUAUAGCUACCGAGGUAUGAACAGGAAGUGAUGUCAGAACUCUUCCUAAAUUGUGCAAAGGAGAUUUACUCCAAUGAAUGCUGCUGAUGGAGACAGGGGACUGUUCCUUCACUGGUUGUUGCUGCUGCUGUUGCUGAGAGACUAAAUUCAGACUGAGCUGGUUCUCUGCUGAAUUAGCAAAAUGACUAAAAAAGAUGGACACUAACCCAGGGUUUAUGUUCAAGGAUUGCCUAUUGCACUGCCUUUUUUGGGGAUAUUUCAUUGCACUAUGGACAGCGUUUAUUUUGUAUUUAAUAAGUGGAUUAGAACACACCAGAAGGAGUAUGCACUGGUCAGUGCCCGCUUCAAUUCCUCUGAGUCUUUCUCAUCUUGAAGUCAUGAUGCAAACACUGCCUUUCAGUACCGUUGAAUGCUAAAGUAUGUUCUUUUAGGUCAAGAUGUGUGUGUGUGUGUGUGUGUGUGUGUGUGUGUGUGUGUGUGUGUGUGUGCGCGUGUGCCUGUGCGUGGAUGAGUGUGCAUUUUUUAAGAUGUAAACAUUUUUCAGAAUGUUUGUAAAUCUUAAGUAUUUUUGAUGUCAUUUUUUCAUAAUUUAAUUUUGUUAAAUAUGUACAAAGGCACUUCAGGUUUAUGUAAUUAUAUUUUUUGUACAUAAAUGUAUUUAUGGAAUAUUGUGUAAAAUAUUAUUUGCAUUUUUUACUGUUUUCAUAAUGAAGGGAUUCAUUUUUAAAUAUUUUUCCAAAAAUAAAUAUUAUUAAUAAUAUAUUUUUGCUUUCCAUAAUUACCUGUAGCUCAAGAUUGCUUCACUCAGAAACUAGCCUUAAAUUUGGUUAGAGAGUCAAAUGAUUAGUAUUUAAAAAUACAUGAGCAAUAAAAUGUCUUUAUACUUCAUUCAAA